CCCGUGCCAGUCCAGUCCCGGCCGCGCUGCCAGACGCGCGCCAGUGCCAGUGCAGUGCCAGUCCCGACAUGCAGCCAUCACGCUGGCGGCACUGAACACACACUAUCAGAGAUGCUACAGUCGUUAUUGCAGCCAAGAGAGAAUCAGCGCCCGAAAAUGAUUGGUGCAAUGCCAGCAGUGGCGGUGCGGCACGAGCGGCGGCGUGCGGAGAAGCGGUCGGGGCGGCGCCCCUCGCAGCUGGCCCUGUCGCUCGGCCGCGGGGACGACGCGACGCCCUCGCCCGACCGGUACCGCAGCGAGCUCUACUUCUGCGGGAGGAUCGCAGUACUCCACGCUAUAGUGGGUUCCCUGCUGCUGGGUAUCGUGGUGUUGGUGGUGGGGCUGGUGCAGCUGUCCCCGGGGGCGGAGGCCGCGCAACACCGCUAUUAUCUCAUGGGCGCUGGCGCCGCGCUCGUGGGAGUAGGAGUGUUGGCUGCUGUACUCAGAUGCGUCUGCCUACAUUGGCACAGCAGGAAGUACCGAGAGGAAUAUGAGGAACCGGCAGUCAGGGCCACGCAGAAGAACGGCGUCAGCGUCGUCGAACAGAAGGCCGGAACCGCCCAUGAUAAACACGACAAGCACGAUAAACAUAACAAGCACGACAAGCUAGACAAGCUGGACAAACCCAAGCUCAAGUCGCAGAGCAGUUUGGCUCAGGAGGUGGACCUGAUCAAGCAGCCCUCAGUCGCCAGUGACACUUAAGCUCAUCUCUUUCUCUCUCAUCGCUUCGAACUGACCAAUAGGUUACGCGCAUCACCCGAACCAGUACCAGGGAAUCAUAUUUUAAAAGAGUUACAAACUUUACAUACAUUUGAAGUCUUUAUCGGAUUUUCAAGAUCUUUAAAACCUUUUUAACUGAAAUUUUAUCCUAUUGAUACAAUGUGGUAUGUUAUUUUGAAUAUCUUAUUUAAAAUUGAGAGAAAAUUUUCGACAAAAUGUCAAGACAAGUGAAAUUACUUAUACAAAAGUACAAGACAUAUUCUCAGAGUAUUUUCGGGCUGAAUACUGAAACUUAGCUUAAAUUGAGUGGCUCUCAGUCACAUGGUGUUAUAAAUACUGUUUCAUUACAUUAAAAUACAUAUAGUAGACCAUCAUGCGUGACUUCAGAUAAGAUAGCCAAACAAUGCUGCAUGCGUAAAACUUAUCUUCAUUUAAAGAACAUGGCUGUUACUCUACUUAAUAUUCAUAUUGUGCUGCGACCUGUGGUUUGAGAGCCCCUCAUUUUAAGUAGGUUUUAACAGUCAGAUCGCACUACCACAAUAUAUUGUAGGGCAUCCAUCUCAGUGUACAUAUCACAUACAUAACAUAUAAUUUUAAACUAAAAUAUUUAUUACAUAUCAAAUUCGGAUUUUCAAAACGUUAUUUUUCAUCGUUUCUUAUCCUAGGUAUCCUAUACGGUAUUUUUGAAAAUUUUACAAUUAAGAAAAUUAUAUUGUAUUUAUUUAGGAAAGAUAUUUAGAAUAGUCGGAAUCAUUUUGUCUUCACACAGGGGCGUAGCUAGUUCUCAUUUGGGGGCGUUUUUCUGUACACGUAAACCCAAUCUGGACGCUUAGACAAAUUGUAUUCGAUAAUCUCGGCAGCGAAGUUAGGGAUCGAAAAUGUGUGGUAUUCGACAGUCACAUAAGUACAUCACUCAUCCCAUACAUUUUUAAUUUCUAAUUACUUUGCUCUCGAAAUUAUUGAAUGCAAUGUGUCUAAGUAUCCAUGGGUUCCGAAACCUCCUUCUGUUGCUGCGCUCAACCACCACCGUCCGUUACAACAGAAGCUCAAUAUAAAGUUACAGCACAAAGUUCUGUCGAAUAUAUUGUACUUACCCACUCUAAAGAGUUUAUUGCAGAUUUAUGAAGAUUUUAUAUAUUUUAACAGAGCAAGAGCUUAUAUGUUGCAGGAAAUAUCACAUAAUAUGUUUACACAGUAUUUGUUUCAGAUAAUGAAAUUUUAACAAGGAGUGGAGGUCUUCCCCAUAAGUGUUCUUACAGACGAACGGCACGCGUCCGUCGUACACACGUUCGACACACGUCGUUCGUCCGUAAGAAGCCCAAGGUUGGGUUGCACCAGAAGCGUGGUUAAAGUUAAAGUUAUGGUUAUA